AUCAGGUGACCGGAUGUUGUAGUCUCUAAUGCAUUUCGCUUGUCGGUAGUGUGUACACUGUUAUAACGUACAAAUAAAGAAACGCCAAGAUGUCUUUUUGCUCGUUUUUUGGCAAAGAACAUUACAAGGAUCAUUUCAAGUCAGGAAUGUACGUCUGCUCUCAGUGUGACCAUCCUUUGUUUAAUAGUAGAUCUAAAUAUGCCCACUCUUCACCAUGGCCUGCCUUCACAGAAACAAUCCGUGAGGACAGUGUGACUAAACACAUGGAGAGUCUCACAGCCUUCAAGGUUCUAUGUGGCAAGUGUGGUAAUGGACUAGGCCAUGAAUUUGUCAAUGAUGGGCCUGAGGAUGGCAUGUCACGAUUCUGAAUAUUCAGUCACUCGCUCAAGUUUGUCCCUAAAGACAAGGUUGACAGACAGUAAAGCGAGGCUGAUAUAUUGCUGUUGUCCGCACAAGUCUGUGGAAGGGAUGAAUGCCCUAUGAUGUGGAUGGGGAAAAGGUGCAACGUGCCAUCCUGUUUACUGAUGUUUUGUGUUCAUCUUGAAAGCAGAAAAAAAUGCUAUUUUUAAAGAAUUUUAUUUUCAUACAUUUGCAGAGUAGCAUGUUGGAAAAAUCUCAUGGUAGUUGAUUACCUUAGUCAGUCAAUGUGUGUGUAUUUUGUUAGUCAGUUUAAUUAUGUUUUUAGUGCUAUUUUACUCAAAGAAGUCUGUCAUACUGGCAGCAUCAUGUAAGAGCCAAAGAGAACACAUAUGCAUUAUUAUAUUAAAGACAUGUUGUGUAUGUUACAGGAAAUCUGAUUCUCUGCAAUAAGGACAUUUUGCUACAUUCCAUACACGGCAUUGUAUUCCAUUUAGUUUAAUUUAGUAUGUUAGUAUGUUUUGUGCAUCAAUAAAUUAAUUAAACAAUAA